AUGGGAGAUUUUGGAAUGUGGCUGUGUGUGGCGGCAGCCACCCAGACCACCUCUUCCUGCUCCCGCGAACCUGCCAACCAAUUAGCGUCACCACUGUUGGUGGAUCGGGCAGCUGGGGCACUGCUCACUUCCAAUGCCUUUGGCCGCGUGAGCCAGCCUCAUGGUCACGUGCCAGACAUCAGGUGGAACGAGACCUCGACGCAGGACCCCGACAGCCGACAGGCUGGCAAGUACCUAUGGGCAGGGGCAGGUACAUUUUGGUGGAUGGCUACGCGCCCCAGGAUCGCGUCCGCCCAGGUCAAGUUCAACCUCGAGCCCAGGGGCCUCAUUUUAUGGCGGCUACGGGUCCAGCAUCACCACGACAGCGCAAACUGCACGCAACACUGCCCGUACGGCGUCAAGAUUGAUACUACGGCCAUCGACGCCUACCAAACGUACCUCAACUUCACGUUUGGAAAAUACUCCGAGAAGUCCUACGGGGGACCGUACCCCGUGAUAUUGAUGCCGGAUGCUUCGAUGUGCGGGUUUUGGACAGUCGAGACGGAUUCGUGCGUCGUGACGUCCAUCUCCGACUUAAUUCUCCUCCCAUAUGUCGACAAGGGCAAUGGCCGUCGCCAGCUGAGUCACGAGGAGCACCAACCGCCCCAUCACUCAUGGUUUGCGCGUCUGUGUGUCGCAUCGUCAAGACGUUGGUAA